AUGGAGCCAUCAAGUCCCGAUACUAAGAGGAGGAGGGGGAAGUUAAAGGUGUCACCGCCUGGUGUGCGACCGCCUGAUGCUAAUGCUAGGGGUGACGAAGAAGAAAGUGUCGAUCACAUCAGCAGCCUCCCAGAUGCAAUCCUUGGCGACAUAAUCUCCCUCUUAUCCAUGAAGGAAGGUGCGCGCACCCAAAUCCUGUCCUCCCGGUGGCGCCACUCUUGGCGCGCUGCCCCUCUCGUCCUUGAUGGCUCCGAGCUCGUCACUCCCAUGGACCUUAGAACCGAUGAGAAGGUACUCGCCGCUGACGACGAGGCCCUCAUUGGCACGGUCUCACUCAUCCUCUCUACCCACCUGGGCCCCGGGCGCCGCUUCUGCAUCCCAGCGCACCACCUCUUUGAGCGAGCCACCACUGUCGACUCCUGGCUUCGCUCUCCGGCGCUCGACAACCUCCAGGAACUUGAUUUUUGGGAUGAUGGGAUAUAUGGGUAUCUUCGGCAGUUUGCACCGGCACCCCCACCAGCAUCUGCUUUCCGGUUCUCCGGCACCCUCCGUGUUGCUACCUUCGGCAAAUGCCAGCUCCCAGAUGGCUUGGUGGAAGGGAUUCACUUUCCCAACCUCAAGCAGCUCGGCCUUGAAUAUGUCAGUAUCUCGGAGGGCUCACUGCACGCCAUGAUUUCCAGCUGCCCCGUUCUGGAAUGUCUGCUCCUUCACCUCAGCUUUGGGUUUAGCUGCCUCCGGAUAAGCUCCAGCAGCCUUAAGAGCAUCGGUGUGGGUACUAAUCGUUACCAUUACCAGCCCCAGUUACAGGAAAUCAUCAUUGCUGAUGCCCCGUGUCUUGAAAGGUUGCUUUUUCUUGAACCAUACAUGUCCAUCGAUGUAUCUGUGAUCGCAGCACCUAAACUUGAGACCUUAGGCUGUCCCACUGAUGGGCCUGAUGGGUAUGAUCCUUUCAGAAUCGUGUUUGGAACGACCACUAUUCAGGGAUUGCAAGUCAUUAACAUGACGACGGUGGUGCGCAGCGUCAAGAUUCUAGCUGUGAGAUCAACGCAUAUAAAUCUUGAUAUGGUGAUUGACUUGAUGAAAUGCUUUCCAUGUCUGGAGAAGUUGUACAUAAAGUGUUGUAUUUCAGGGGAUAUGAAUCGGUGGCGCCGCAAGCAGAGGAAAUUCAUUAAGUGCUUUGACAUCCACCUAAAGACAAUAGCGCUGCAGGGGUAUCGAGGCACCAGAUCACAAAUCAACUUCGCCUCGUUCUUUCUACUGAAUGCAAAGAAGUUAGAGUUGAUGACACUUGAGGUUGACAACAGAGUUACCAAUGACGCGUUUUUCGAAGAACAGCAUGGGUUGCUUCAGAUGGAGAAAAGGGCUUCGAGGACUGCUCAGUUACAUUUUAGAUUAAAAAGAUGCCGCCGUGAUGCACAUGUCAACCAUGUUCGUGAUUUAGCUAUAACCGAUCCCUUUGAGUGUUUAUAUAGAUGCUGA